AUGCGGCCAACACCAUGGACGAGGGUGGUGCUUGCAUUGGGCAUGAACAGCGUGGCGGCGCAGAAGGUGGACGUCGUCGAAGCGAUCAUCCAGUUCGAUCCGUCAACGGUUGUCCAGUUCGAUUCCCUCAUCGGCUCAAGUGGCGCACCAGAGGCAUUCCCAAUCCUUGUUGCAGGCAAACAAGGCCAGCAGCAAUCAUGGACAGUUAAGGACGGUUUCACCAUCGACAGGGUUGAGCUGUUCAAUGCAAGCGCUGCCAUUGCACAAUGGCUAAACGAGGGCAACAAGCUCAACAAUCUACAAGUGACCCUGAACCAGACCGGAGGCCGCCUCGACUUUGACAUCAGCCGCGACCCGGACCAGCAGUAUUAUUGGCAGGGCAAUUUUGAGAAACCCCUUUUCGUCAACAUUUCCUGGUCGGGCAAAGACCGGCUUGGAUUUUCCGCGACUGGGGCUUUCGCUGUUGCUCGUGAGCCAGGUCUUGUUGCCAGCCAACAAGCCUCGGCAUCGCUGUCCGCAGCGCUGGCCUCAGACACGGCACUCCCUACAACGCCAGUUGCCAGCAUCACGGCCACAGUCAUAAAUACCGGUGUGCCAGCCUCUACAGGGGGGGUCACUACUACGGCCCCAACUGGCUCGGCCGCUGGCGGCAGCAACCCAACCGCACAAGCUCCUCCGAAUGGACUCAGCAACGGCGCCAUUGCGGGCAUUGCUGUUGGCGGUGCCGCGGCGCUCGCCAUUGUGGGCGUGCUCGUAUGGUUCUUCUGCUUCCGACGCCGGAAGCAGCAAGGCCCAGCUCGCGGAGCAGAGUAUGGGCACGACGCCGGCACACACGCCAUGAUUAUCGACAAGGAAGUGCCUGGUGUCUCGGAGUCGUCGCCGCACUCGGCAUACGGCGACGACGGCGGCCGGUUGCAUGACCGUGGCAGUACUGCUAUGGACUCGCAUUAUGCACCGUAUAGUGACCAGGCACCAUCCGCCCAUGCCAGCCCUGCCGUCGCGAACGCGAUGACGUCCAGCCAGACACACCUGCCGUACGGCACAAGCUCGCCGGUGCCACCCGCCACGACACAGUAUGCCCACUUGGUUGAGGAAGGCAUGACACCCGACGAGAUUAGGCGGCUGGAGGAGGAGGAGCGUGCUCUGGACCAGGCUAUCGAGGCUGCGGGCUCGAAUCGUGCCCCUCGCUAA